GAACGGCCAGGACUGGGAGUGUCCGGCUGUGACGGGCGUGGGUCCCCAGCCUCAGCCGCGGGGUGGCGAGGACUCCCGACCCUCUUCUCCUCGCGACUUUCACUUUCCCGCCGGAGAAAACUUCGGCGCCGCGUCCCAGCUGGGGAGGCGGGUGGGGACCGGAGGGGGCUUGUCGGGCUCCAGGCUGAGUCCUGGCCGCCUCUGCUCCAGAGGUCAGUGGCUGUCCCGAGCGGGCGGCAAGAGCAUCCAGUGGGCGGACAGCGUCGCGGGCCGGUGCGUAACCCCGGUGUGCGCCUAGCGGACGCCUCAACUGCGGGGCUCACCGCCGCCAAGUUCGCCGAGGCCGGCCCCGGGGAAGGGCGGCGGGCGGCGGGCGCCGCGCGCUCCUGGGGGCUGCGGGGCGCGGCCCACGGCGCCGGCUUUCUGGGCUUGCGGGCGGAGCGGAGCGGCGAGGCCGGAGUCGCCCGCGCGUUCGCACCAGGGUUUCCGGGACUCGCGGAGUAGCGAGAACACUGCUGCCGAACGCGUCCUUGCCCAGAGGCGGAGAGCCCCGCUGUCUUGGGGGCCCAGGACCACCCAGAUCCGCCUGCGCUGAAUGAAGAUAUUCAAAUGCUGUUUUAAAUAUCCCCUGCAGCAGAAAGUUUUCAUCUUGUUUUUAACCCUAUGGGUGUUCUCCUUGUUGAAGCUUCUAAACGUGAAAAGACUCCUCUUCCCUCCAAGAGACAUUUACCUGGUUGAGCACUCCUUAAGUACCUCGCCUUUUGUAAGAAACAGGUACACUCAUGUUAAGGAUGAAGUCAGGUAUGAAGUUAACUGUUCUGGUAUCUAUGAACAGGAGCCUUUGGAGAUUGGCAAGAGUCUGGAAAUAAGAAGAAGAGACAUCAUUGACUUGGAGGAUGAUGAUGUUGUGGCAAUAACCAGUGAUUGUGAGAUUUAUCAGACUGUAAGAAGGUACGCUCAAAAGCUUGUUUCAAGGGAGGAGAAAAGCUUCCCAAUAGCCUAUUCUUUGGUUGUCCACAAAGAUGCAAUUAUGGUUGAAAGGCUGAUCCAUGCUAUAUACAACCAGCACAAUAUUUACUGCAUCCAUUAUGACCGUAAGUCACCUGACCCCUUCAAAGUUGCCAUGAACAAUUUAGCUAAGUGCUUCUCCAAUAUUUUCAUUGCUUCCAAAUUAGAGGCUGUGGAAUACGCCCACAUUUCCAGACUCCAAGCUGAUUUAAAUUGUUUGUCAGACCUUCUUAAGUCUUCAGUUCAGUGGAAAUAUGUUAUCAAUCUGUGUGGGCAAGAUUUCCCCCUAAAGUCAAAUUUUGAAUUAGUGUCAGAGUUGAAGAAACUCAAUGGAGCAAAUAUGUUAGAGACUGUGAAACCCCCUAACAGUAAAAUGGAAAGAUUUACUUAUCACCACGAACUCCGACAGGUGCCUUAUGAGUACGUGAAGCUCCCCAUCAGGACAAACAUCUCCAAGGAGGCACCCCCUCAUAACAUCGAGAUAUUUGUUGGCAGUGCUUAUUUUGUUUUAAGUCAAGCAUUUGUUAAAUAUAUUUUCAACAACUCGCUCAUCAAAGACUUUUUUGCCUGGUCAGAGGAUACAUACUCUCCUGAUGAACACUUUUGGGCUACCUUAAUUCGAAUCCCAGGAAUACCUGGGGAGAUCUCCAGAUCAGCCAAGGAUGUGUCAGAUCUACAGAGUAAGACCCGCCUUGUCAAAUGGAAUUACUAUGAAGGCUUUUUGUAUCCCAGUUGUACAGGCUCUCACCUCCGAAGUGUGUGUAUUUAUGGAGCCGCAGAAUUAAGGUGGCUUCUAAGAGAUGGACAUUGGUUUGCUAAUAAAUUUGAUUCUAAGGUGGACCCUAUCUUGAUUAAAUGCUUGGUGGAAAAGCUUGAAAAACAACAGAGAGAGUGGAUUACUUUGUCUUCAGAAAAGUUAUUUAUGGACAGAAAUCUCACAAUCACAUCAUUAUAGUAAAAUUAUAAUGGAAAUGAGAGGCCAUCUGAUAAAUGAGUCAUAUGGAAUUGUAUACUAUCCCAUGCCUCAUACCAUUUGAAUGUAAUCUUCUUGUAGUUUGAGAGGAGUCUAAAAUUCCUUGCACAAGGGAAAGUGAUCUAAUCUUGAUGAUACUAGCUUCCAGUUGGUUGCUUUUUUUAAUGUCUGUUUUUGCUUGUAAUCUCAGAAAUAUUGAUUGAGCACCUAGCUGAAUGACAGGCACUUUUUUUUUUUUUCUUUUUUUUGUAGAGACAGAGUCUCACUGUUCCGCCCUCGGGUAGAGUGCCGUGGCGUCACACGGCUCACAGCAACCUCUAACUGUUGGGCUUACGCGAUUCUCUUGCCUCAGCCUCCCGAGCAGCUGGGACUACAGGCGCCCGCCACAACACCCGGCUAUUUUUUGGUUGCAGUUUGGCCGGGGCUGGGUUUGAACCCGCCACCCUCGGCAUAUGGGGCUGGCGCCCUACUCACUGAGCCACAGGCGCCACCCAUGACAGGCACUUUUUAAAAGACUGUGGCUGACCCUCAUCACACGGCAACCUUAACACCUUUAAGUUUUCCAUGUAACAAUCAGGAUCUUUUCUACUGAAGAAUGUUUUGGAGUAUGUGGUAAUCGUAUAAUCAUAUUAACUACCCAUUUCAGAGUGGUGUUUAACUACAGUGACCAACACUCCACUUGGCUCUUAAUUCGGCUUCCUGGACAUUUCCUAACCAUUAGAAUUUUAGGAGGAGAGACUCCACUACCUCAGUAAAGCUCAAAGAAUUGUCCAGUUCCUUGCUUGCCAAAGCAUAAUUUGCCUUUUGGGGCAUUAUAUGUUGACUUCAGGAUUGUGGAAACUGUCAGUGGGGCAUAUAUGGCAUAUGAAAGUUAGGGAAGUUGGUGGAGCACAUGGGUGGGGUGCGCAGGUGAGAGGAACAAAGGGGUUUAUUCAGCAUUUUUAUCAUGUUACAAAAUGGUGUCAAGAAUAGACUUUUUAAAAAAAUUCAACUGUUUCUUUAAAACACAUUUACUCACCUGGUGCCCUGGCUCACACCUGUAAUCCUAGCACUAUGGGAGGCUAAGGUAAGAGGAUAGUUUGAGACCAGCCUAGCAAGACCCCCAAUCCCUACAAAAAAAUAGAAAAAUUAGCUGGGUCCCAGCUACUCACAGCUGAGGCAGGAGGAUUGCUUGUGCCCAGGAGUUUGAUGUUGCAGUGAGCUAUGAUAAUGCCACUGCACUCUAGCCCCAAGUGACAGAGUGAGACUGUGUUUCAAAAAAAUAAAAUAAAAAUAAGCAGACAAAUUAAAAAUAAGAGCUGAUUAAUAGUUCAAAGUGUUUCUCCCCAGAACCUUAAAUUCUCCUGGUUUAUGCAUUAUCAUUAUAGGUAAGUUCCUUAACAGUAGAGUACUUCCUAUGGAAUUCGUAAAAUUUAUUUUAUGGAACUAUCACGGUAAGAGUCUCUUGAAAAGGUUUUCUAAAUUAAUUAUUAUGGUAAUUUCAAAGUUUUUCUUCUCCAGCAACUGUCCAAGUGGAAUCCAAAUUUAAAAUGAUAAAAGCUCUAAGUUUAUCUCAGCUGUCUUCUCAGCUUAGUUCCAGAGAGAAAAAGCUAAUUUUCCGAAGGACACAGCAAGAAUAAUCAUGAAUGAUGUUUUAUAGAACCCACCCUGGAGAAAAUCUCCCAAUGAGCCAAAUCUAUACACGGUAUAUAGAUUUUAAUGUAAUGGUGUGUGCUGGAGGGAAAGGGGCAGGGGCAGGGGCCUGAGAACAGGAUCUAACAUUGUUACCAGCCUCUUGGGAAACUGUAGAACUCAUGUAAAACUCUAUUAAUGAUCUUAUGUUUCAAUGACAGCCUCAGUAACUACUUAAAGAUGUAUAAUAGUAAUCAAGACCAAAAUGAAGCUAUUUGGAAGACUGAAGUCUUUAAAUAAUUUUUGUAAUAACAUUUCUGUGUUUUGCAUGUGAAAUGCACCUUGCUUGUUUUGAAGUUUGCGAUCCUAACUGCCAAGUGGCACCACUUGUCUCUCUUUUCUUCUCUUCAGCUCACUUUUCUCUCUUUCUUUCACCCUCUUCAAAUUAUUAUGCUUUGUCUUUCAGAAAACAACUAUUACCAUGCCUCAUUCUUAUGAAAAAGAAAAAAGAGUAACCAUGCAUAGAGCUAAGUUCUGCAAAAGAUCUGUAGAUUCAUUUAGGUAUGUGACCAAGGAUAAGCUAAGUCAUUCUGGUUUUUAUAAACUUUCAUUUUCCUGGUCUUUGAAAUGAGCGCUUAGAUGCCUAUCCUGGCUUCCUCACAAGCUUUUUUGUGAGAAUCAAUUGAAAUAGUAUAUGAAGUUGUUUGAAAAGAGGGACAUACUUUUGAGAUGGACCUAUAGUUAUGUAUGUAUAAUGCAAAGGUCCAACCCCACUGAAAGACUUAAACAUUUACCUUUUCUGAAAAAACUCUGAAGUAUAAAAAGGGGCCACAAUCUCAGGAGCAAAUUCUUUAACCAAAUCCGGGUAUGAGGAAACUUCUGUCACCACAUUUGGGAUUUCUUUUUAAACCAAUAGGAUUAGCAGGUUGUGACUUAUAUUGGGAAUAGUGGCAGACAUCCUGCCAUGCAGGAUUAAAUACACAAGGUCCUGUUGAAAUCUCAGUUUUUAUGCCUUUGGUCGUCAGAAUAAAUGUAAAUGCUGAAGAUUAAUUAUCAACACCCUAGUCCAGUCUCCUGUCUGGGGAGAAAUUAUUCUAUUCUCAGUUUAUUGAGACAUUUCCCAAGUUGUUCAUCACUUUCAUGCCAUAUUCAGAGAAGGCAUAGAAGGAUGAAAGGGGACAGUGCUUUCUUUCCCCCAUUGAUAACAUUUCUCUGGACUCAGUUCAUAACAUUUCAGGGCGUUUGUCACAUCACACUCUUUUUCCACACAUUUCCCAUAUGCCUUCGAACCUGAUUCUUCCCUAAAACCUUUUGCUAUGAUUCCCUCCCUGGAGUGGAGAAUAUUUUGUAGUCUGGGUUUUAUAAUUAUUCUUGUAUAGUAUUUAUUAAAUCUAGACUCUAAGUUAUUUAGACACGAGACCAGAACCUUGGAGUUUGGCAAUUGUUGUAUGGAUAAUACGAAUUACUAAAGAGCUACCAAAUACAUCUACAUUAUGUAAACAAUCUACUGUAACAUUAUAUAUAUUUAAAAGACCAAUGUUGCUGCUAUUUUUAAUGUUUUAGUUAUUUUAAAUGAAAUGUAUCUAUUUAAAUUUGAAGGUUUCUCUUGCCAUCCACAAUGUGAAGAUACACGUACCUAGAUAGAGACAUAUUUCACAGAAAACAAAAAUGACAGUCUACUUUGGAAAUGUAAAGUGAAUGUCCCUUAUAUAUGUUGCCAUUGUGUUUUUUUUGUUAAUGAAGUUUUCAUUUUUUUCAUAUAUUUGUGUCAACUGAUCUCAUUCCCCUACUUUGUUUUCUUACCAUUUUUGAAAUAUACUUCCUAUUAUGUGAAUUUUAAAUAGAUUGUUGUUUUGUUUUUAUAUUUUUGCUGCUACUAGAUGUUAAUUCUCUGGUAUUGUAAAAUAAAAUGUGCU